AUGUUAUCAGAAGCCCAGGGCUCACAGUAUAGCGACCCACAUUGUGCUGGUGGUCGUUCUGCUAUAACACAUUUGUUUGAGUGGAAAUGGUCAGACAUCGCCCAGGAAUGUGAACGCUUUCUUGGACCUUAUGGUUACUGUGGUGUUCAGAUUUCUCCCCCUAAUGAGAACCGUGUGGUUACCAAUCCUAACCGACCGUGGUGGGAAAGAUACCAACCAGUUAGUUAUAAACUUGUUACUAGAAGUGGUAAUGAGGAUCAACUGAAAGACAUGAUACAGAGAUGUAACAAAGCUGGUGUAAGAAUAUAUGCUGAUGCCGUUGUCAAUCACAUGACCGGAGCUGGCGGUACUGGUUACGGCACCGGAGGGUCCUCAUAUGACGCAAACAGCCUAAAUUUCCCAGGAGUUCCAUUUGGUGGUAAUGAUUUCAAUGGAGGGAACGAAUGUCACAGCAGCGACGGUAGCAUCCAUAAUUACAAUAACGCUGAAGAGGUCAGAAACUGUCGUCUCGUUGGCCUGACAGAUUUAAAGUUAUCUUCUGAUUAUGUCCGAGGAAAGGUUGCCGGGUAUUUCAAUCAUUUAAUUGAUCUUGGUAUCGCUGGUUUCAGGGUUGACGCUGCUAAACAUAUGUGGCCAGGAGACAUCGCAGCUGUCUUGUCGAAAACUAAAAACUUAAGAUCUGACAUAUUUGGAGGUGGCAAAAGGGCGUUUGUUUACCAAGAGGUAAUUGAUAUGGGGGGUAAUGAGCCUAUCAAAGGUGGUCAGUAUGUUGGAGAUGGGCGGGUAACAAAUUUCAUUUUUGGAGCUAAACUUGCUGAAAUAUUCAGGAAAAAGAAUGCUAUGAAGUAUUUAAAGACCUGGGGUGAAGGUUGGGGAAUGAUGAGAUCAAAUGAUGUUGUGAAUUUCAUUGAUAAUCAUGACAACCAGAGAGGUCACGGGGGUGCUGGAGCAGUCCUCACUCAUUGGGAACCCAGGCCCUACAAAGUAGCAACCGCCUUUAUGCUGGCCCACCCUUACGGAUUCCCAAGAAUUAUGAGUAGCUACGAAUACAACCGCGCCGAUAAUACGGAGGGUCCUCCCCAUAACGGAGACAUGAGUAUUAAAGAUGUUGCAAUCAAAAGCGACAUGUCAUGUGGAAACGGCUGGUCCUGCGAACAUAGAUGGCGUCAGAUUUACAAUAUGGUGGCCUUCAGAAACAAAGCUGGUGGAGAUGGUUUAAGUAAUUGGUGGUCUGGUGGUGAUUAUCAAAUAGCAUUCUCUCGUGGUAACAAGGCUUUUAUUGCUAUGAAUCUAGAUGGAUUUGAUAUUAAUGCUAAUCUGAACACUGGUCUACCCAGUGGUACUUAUUGUGAUGUUAUUUCUGGUAAUCUUGAAAACGGGCGAUGUACCGGAAAGACGAUCCAGGUCGGUGGAGAUAGUAAAGCUCAUAUUAAUGUUGGUCACAGUUGGGAAGAUCCCAUGAUUGCCAUCCAUAUCGGUGCCCGUCAAGGUUCUUCCCCUUCAAGAGUGGGUUAAAUAUACACCACUAUAAUUAUCAUGGUAGCAGGCUGGGACGCCAUUUCGUAAACUUUUCAUUUUUUACCAUCGAAUAAAACUUCA